UGUCCCCCUUUAUAUAAAUAAUAACAACCGGAUUCUGAGCUAGCAUGUGGAGAGAGUACCUGGCAGCUAAGUAGCUCUCUUUCAGACACAUUUUAAAGCAGCCAGGUUGCUGAAUAUCUCCCUCAAAGCAGCAGCAGUAGCAGCAGCAGCAUGUCAGUGGACAGCGUGUUCAGGACCCGCUCUCUCGGUGUGGCCGCCGAGGGUCUGCCCGACCAGUAUGCCGACGGCAAGGCAGCGAAAGUCUGGGAGCUGUACAUCGGAGACACGCGGAGUAGGACGCAGGAAUACAAGAGCUGGGUGGUGUCUUAUCUGAAAGAGCAAGGGGUGCGGAAAGUGCUGGAUGUAGCCUGCGGAACAGGAGUUGACUCCAUCAUGUUGGUGGAGGAGAACUUUAACAUGGUGAGCGUGGACGCCAGCGACAAGAUGCUCAAGUACGCGCUGAAGUCGAGAUGGGAGAGAAGAAAAGAGCCAGCUUUUGACCAGUGGGUGAUUGAAGAGGCCAACUGGUUGACGUUAUCAGAGGAUAUUCAGAAACCAGGUGCUGGCUUUGAUGCUGUUAUCUGCCUCGGGAACUCAUUCGCCCACUUACCAGACUUUAAAGGGGACCAGAGUGACCAAAAGUUGGCCCUUCAGAAUAUUGCCAGUAUGGUCAGACCAGGAGGGAUCCUCAUCAUUGACCACCGUAAUUACGACUACAUCCUGGAGACCGGCAUGGCACCACAAGGCAAAAAUAUCUACUAUAAGAGUGAUCUAACUCAGGAGAUCUCCACUUCGGUGCUGUGGGUUGACAAUAAGCCCCAUAUGAUCACUUUGGACUACACCAUCCACGUGCCCAAGGCCACCCAUCAAAGUCUUCCUGAAGUCAGUAAAUUCCGUCUGUCCUACUACCCUCAUCGUCUGGAGAGCUUCAAGGGUUUACUGAACGAGGCCUUCAGCGGCAAAAUGGAGCACAGCGUCUACGGAGAUUUCAAGACGUACGUCCCGGGCCAGACCCAGGCCCCAUGCUACUUCAUCCACGUCUGUAAAAAAACAGCCUAAGAGCCCAACUUGCUGCACACAUACACACACACACACACACACACACACUGCUAAGAAAAUAAUAGCUUUGAACAUGCUCCUAUUGUCCUCCAGAUUUGGGCAAAAUUAUAUUUGAAUAUGUUUUAAAAGAUAUUUCAUCUUAGAUCUAUGUAAAAAAAAAAUGGUGGAAUGAUAAUCAUUAUAUAAGAAAAUAUAUUAACAGAUUUUUUUUUCUAUGCUUCUGGAAAGUUGUAAUUCAUACAAUUUGCUACAAGUUUUCAUUUUCUCUAUUGAUUUUUAAAAAUGAUGUACGCUAAAAUGUUAAAGCAGCAGAGGCUCUUUGGCUUUAUCAGGAACAAUUGCUUGAUUCCAAUCUCCAUUUUGACUUAAAACCCAGUUCCUAAAAUGCUCCAAUAGUAACAGUCUAACGCCGAAAACACACCAAAACACACCAAGCAAGCAGCGCAAUAGCUAAAUGUUUCUGCGGCCGGGAGGCGUGUUCAUCUAUUUCAUGUCACAGGAGUCACAGGACUCUGUUAACUGAUUGGCUGCAGGUACUCUCUGGCCGCACUUUGGCGCUAAAAGUUAUACUAUCCUCAACUUUUAGUUUGCCGUAGAAUCAAAAGGCCGCAGCUUGCUGAGCUCGGGGAGCGGCCGACGCAGCUUUCCAUAGACAUUGCAUGGCAGCUCGCCGCGGUUCAACACUGCGCUGGUGUGGUUUUUGGCGUAAAAAGGUCAAAGCUAGUUUGAAAAAAUAUAUUCAAAAUACAUCUGCUGGACCACUGUUUUGCCCAUAUCUGGUUAUUUUCCCCAAUGUGCCGUGUGCUGGGUUUUUAACCUCGCUUCCUCCCCCGCUUCCCCACCUUUCUGAACAUUGACAUCCACAAUGAACAUGUUUCAAAAUGGUGCUGUACAUUAAUGAUAUUCCUCAUGAUGGAACACUUGAUAUUAAUCACCAGUAAUGUACAAAGUGCUAAGAUAUAUUCUUAGACUUUCAUAUUUUGUAAGUUUACCACAAGGGUCUUAAAAACACAGCUGUGUUUUGUGAAUACAGUAGCCGUUCUUUUGCUUGUAUUUUUUGAGCUGGAUUAGGAAAAAAAAGCGGAUCUCAUUCUGGCACUACUGCCUUUAAGUUCAGGCAAAUCUGGCACAGCACAAGACAGUCUCUAUUCAUUACUUUACUUUUAUGGCACCCCCCACCCCCUCCCCAUGUUCAAUAAUAAUCUUGCACACCUUGGUGGACGUCACUUAAAUAAAAGAACAGCAAGUGAAGAUUGUGAAUCACCCUGACACCUUAAAAAAGGCCUGGUUAUCACACAACCAGAACCUGACUGUCAGUCCGAUCAACAAUCCUCCACCAUAAAGUGUCCUUGGCUACCUCAUCAAAUCCCCUCCAGCUCCAGAGCUAAAUGACCUCCUCUGAAGCUGAAAAAAAAAACAAUCUGCUGAAGCCUGCUCUUGAGAGAGUGGCUUCUCAUGUUUGAAUGAAAUUUGCCUUUUUUUUUAAUAGCAAUUUAGGUUUUAACUGGUUUCUAAUUUCUCUUAUUUUAUGGUACAAUUAAGUAUACUUUAUUUGAGCCAAAAAAAACAAAAACAGUUGCAUUUCAGUAAUAACCUGGAAAACCCAACAGUCUUUAAAAUUGUUAUCAACCAAAGAUAUUUGAAAAUUGUUAUUGUUUUGCUUCAAAAGUAAGAGAAACUUGAAUGUAAUUAAAUUAUGCUGCACAGUACUCAAAUAAUUGAGUUUACCCAAGUAAUGAGGGGAACAUGAUGGAAGAAUAAUUUAUUUCGCUGUAUUAUCCAGGUCCAAAUUUGCUUUGCUUUGACAACCAAAUUAAAAAAUGUGUUUUUCACUUGAAUGAGGAGAGAAAUCAAAUAUUAUCACUAUCCCUGCUGUUCGCCUAAACAAAGAGCACGCGGCGCAUUCAAAUGUGGUGCCAGCGCCUCUUGUCGAACUAAAUGUACGGUACGCAGUAGUUUGUGAUUGAGAUCAACAGCAGGUUCGGAGUGUGCUAAGAAUGGCUGGAUGUUUGAGUGGCUUUGAAAUUUUAUGUAGAGAUAAAAAAACUAUUUCACAAGUCUUAUUAUGUUGCCAAUUCUUUUAAAACAAAGUGUAAACAUUUUAUAAUGAACAAUGAUUAUUGGAAUUCUUUUGCAUGAAAUAAAAAAAUAUAUUUGAAAUAA